AUGGAGAAUCCGCACGAAGAGCGUCAAACGCUGCUGUUGGAACGCAUCAUCAAGAAUGUGGAUCUGCUGAACGAUGCGCUGUUAGAGCUGGAUCGCAGCGUAGCAGAGAUCAACACGCACAAUCACGAAAUCACCAUCGCUUCAGAGUUGUGGGAAGGCUAUCGACGUAAUGUCGCUUUCAACCUCGCCAACAUGCAAGAGGCUCAAGGACAGGGACAGGGACAGGGACAGGGACAAGCGUCCACUUUCAAUGCAUCCUGA